CAUCAGUCAUCUGUGUUGAUUACGUGUAGCUCGCCAUCUAACAACACCAGCUAGCUGCUUAUGCGAUACAGUGAAGAAAAUUGUUCGUUCGCGGUUUCUGUUGUUUACUGACGACAUGGUAAAACAAAAAAACGUCAACUCUUAAACUCUACUGACGAAUAUUUCAAUAAAGACAACACGACGUAAGCAGUCUGCAGAGUAUGAAGGACGGAGAGAACCCCCAGAUCAGGGAACUGUAAACUCUAUGCCUCUGUUGGCCUCUCGCUCUCCUGAAACUGCACAUUUCUGUCAGUAAGAGGGACUAAAGGCAGCGACAUGUUUGCCAAAUUGAAGAAAAAGAUUGCAGAGGAGGCGGCCACGUCCCCACGGAGCGGCGUUCGCAUACCUCGCACCAUCAGCAAGGAAUCCAUCACUUCAGUGGGGGCCGACUCGGGAGACGACUUUGCGUCUGACGGCAGCAGCUCCAGGGACGACCUCCCCGCACAGAUCCUCAGAAGAAACGAUCAGAUUCGGAAGCUGGAGGCCAAGCUGUCAGACUAUGCUGAGCAGCUGAGAGUUUUGCAGAAGACCAAGGACAAGCUUGAAAUUGCAUUAGAAAAGCAUCAGGAUUCAUCCAUAAAAAAGCUUCAAGAACAGAAUGAAUCUCAUCAAGCCUCCAGAGCCAAAAUGGCAGAGGGGAUGACAUUAGCUUUAGAAAAGAAGGAUCAGGAAUGGAUGGAGAAGAUGGCCACUGUUGAAAAGGAAAAGGCCGCCCUGUCAGCUCGGCUUGAGGAGAUGAUGGAACAAAGCUUAACGCUCUUCCAGAAAAGGGAUGACCUGGACGAGCUGGAGGGCUUUCAGCAGCAAGAGCUGGCUAAAGUUAAACACAUGUUACUGAGGAAGGAGGAGUUGCUCAGCCAGCGGGAGCAAGAGCUUCAGCAGAAGGAGGCUGAAACCCAGUCAGUGAAACGAGAGCUAACUGAAGCUCGGGGCAAACUUCAGACUCUGCAGCGGCAACACCAGGAGAGCUGCAGACUCAGCUCAGAGCUGGAAAUAGAACGAGAGGAGCUCCAGCUGCUGAGAGAAGAGGCGGACAAGAAGAUCAGUGAGCUGGAGGGUCGAUGCCAAGACCUGCAGUCAAUCAUCCAGCAGGUUUCUGAGGAUUUUCAGAGGUCACAGGGGAUGGUGUCGGCUUUAGAGAAGUCUCUCAACGAUCUACAGGCUGAGAAUGAAAACCUGAAGCUCCAGCAACAGAAGGCUGCCGUGACAGGAGAGGACAAAGACCGCCUGGUAACGGAGCUUCAGAAAAAGGUUUCUUCUUUGGAGAGACGGUUGCAAGGGAACCUGAGCCAGAAUGAGCAUCUGCAGGAGCUUCUCCAGGAGAAGUCCUCUUUGGAGUCGAGCCUGGAAGAGACCAGAGCAGAACUACUAGCUGCUAAAACAAACCACGCUGACACUGUUAGCUCUCUGGAGGCUCAGGUAUCAAAGUCCAGCAGCACCAUCAAAGAGCUGCAGACUCUGCUGCGGCACAAAGAAGACUCCUCCAGAGCUUACAAAGAGAGAACAGACGCACAAAUUACAAACUUGGAGCAGCAACUUGUGAGGAGUGGUGAGAAGCUGCAGAGAGCAGAGCAGCAGAUCGCAGAAAAGCAGCAGAACAUCGAGAGAGCGCAAGGGGAGUGGAAUGCAGAAAAGGCCCUUCUGGACCAGCAGGUGUGUUUGCUGCAGCAGCAGAGUCGGGAGACGGUCAACAGGCUGGAAGAAAGUAUCGGCUCCAUGCAGUCAGACAGGCAGACGCUUCUGGACAGGGUGGCCCAUCUGGAUCAGGAAGCGUCUGCAGCAAACUCCAUGCUGAGACUUCAGACAGAAGAGCUGGAGCAGUGCAAGGCGGAGCUCAACAGCAGGCAGAUGGUGAGCACAGAAAUCGCCAAAGCUCUGGAAGAAAGCAGACGACAGAAGGAGGAUCUGCAAACGCAGGUGGGAGAGCUGAACAUCACUCUGCAGAGUUCACAGCAGGAGCUGGCUGACGUCGCCGAGAAGCUAACUCUGAGAGAGGCGGACGUCAAAGCACUUGAAAAGGAGCUGCAGAGCCGGCAGGACUUGCUGCUGCAGCUGCAGGAGGAGGUGCAGCGGCUGCAGGAGGAGGUGCAGCGGCUGCAAGCUCAGCUGCAGCAGACGGAGGCGGACAGAGACUCCCAGCUGCUGAGCCUGAGGGAGGAGCUGCUGAGUCAGACGCAGCAGCUGGACAGCUGCCAGGCGCGGAUUUCUUACCUGGAAGUGGAAGUGGAAACCGUGACGGAGCAGCUCCACAGCCCUGCGGUGUGUGAGGACGAGCAGAAUGGCAGCGUGACCGUGGAUGACCUGGACCACAUCCGCAGGGUGAACAGAGAUCUGGAGCAGCAGCUCAGCGACAAGAACAGGACGAUCAAGCAGCUGCAGCAAAGACUGGCAGAGCUGAAGAGGACGCUGCAGAAAGAACUGAAAAUCAAGCCUGAAGCUGAAGCUGAAGGGAAGGAGAAACCGCCAGAGAGCCGGGCUGAAAGACCGCAGGAUAGGUUGAAUCAAGAGCCGCCCCCCCUACCACCCCCGCCAUCGGCUCCCAGCCCCCCGACCUCCAACAUUACAGUGACGAACACAUCAGACCUCAACGACUCACAAGAAAUCAACUUUGAGUACCUCAAGCAUGUUGUCCUGAAGUUCAUGUCGUCCCGAGAGGCUGAGGCGUACCAGCUGAUCCGAGCCGUGUCUGUGCUGCUGCACUUCACCCGAGAAGAGGAGGACAUGCUGAAGCAAACUCUGGAGUACAAGAUGUCCUGGUUUGGAUCCAAGCCGACCCCGAAAGGCAUCAUCCGGCCGUCGAUCUCAGGCAGCUCGUUCCCCUGGAGCUGAUGAGGAGGGAAGAUGAAGAGCAGAAACAAAGCUUCUUUUAGUUGUGACUGCAAUCACUCAACAAAACUUUGAAGAGCCUUUUUUUAAUGACUUUACGCGACAAACGGUCUGUGGGAGACGGAAACUGCGCUGCACAAUAUCUUAAAGGGAAAUGGGGGCUUAUCCAGGAUCGUUUCAUUCGAAUAUUUCCUCACUAGCUGAAGCAGAUAUCCAACUUAAGCUGUGAGAUGUGACACAAAUAACUUCUUUCCUUUUACCGAUUGACAGGAAAGUGUGUUAGUAUCAUCAAAUGAGAGUAGGAUUCCCUCACUGUAACUGCAUGAAGUUGCAUCAAAUCUUCCUUUUGGUUCAAAUUGUGCGUGACUGGGAUGUCUGGACAGAUGGCUCCAUGGGCUUGUUUCUCUUACUCGUUUUUAAAAAAAAAAUAGCAGACUGCUUUUUUAUGCAAAUAUGUCCCAAUAACAGCAGGGUGGACCUGUCCAACAGUCACAUCAUUUACAAAAAGGAUGGAACCUGACUUUGUCUGAAGACGUGGAGAUUUAAAGCUGGCAAUAUUUUACUUCUCAUGCUCUGGAUUCUGCUAAGAAUCCGUGACAUUUUUCCUAAUGAAUACUUGAAAUAUCACAGAAGAAACUCUGAUGUUGGUUUUUAGGGAGGCGUUUGAAGAAUCCUUUUACUGGAAACAGUCUUUUGUGUAGCAUUAUUUUAACAGUUAAAAUUCCAACAUCUGUUGAACCGUCUUUGUAUGAUGAGCUACAAACUGUUUAGCCUACUUUUUGAAUUGCAGGUAUCUGAAUGUGUCUGCACACUAUGAGGCUGUUUUGACUGUUUCUGUCACGAAUUGGCCCACCCUCUGUCAGCUGAUCUGGGUAGAUCACAAACCAAAAACCAGCAGGUGUCAACCCAGUGGGUGGAUAUGAUUUCAUGCUUAUCAUGCCAAACUACCUGCUAACUAUUCUAGAUGCUAUAGCUAUUAUAGCUAAUUAAAUCAACCCUAUUCAGACAAUUAUACGGUAUGUGAUGAAAUAAUGAAGGCUAUGGUUAUGAUUGAGGUGGGGGAUUGUCCCACUUUUAGCUGCUUUUGCUAAUGUAAAUAAAUUUACAUUCCAUGUGUUUAUUUAUGUAAAGAUGUAUAUACGGCAAGCUUUGAAAACUUUAUAAAUCAUUGGAUGUACAAGG